UCUGGCGCAGCGCUGGCUUCGCAUCUAUGGCACGUGUGACGUGACAGAUAUCGGUAUCGCCCAUGACACAUUGUGGUGAGGGAACACACCCUCUCCCACUUAGUGUAUAUAUACACGGCUGUUGAAUAAACGGGGACGCUUUCCGCUCCCCUUGCUUGGAGCCUCUGGUCAUGUCUUGCCUGCGGCACCGCCCGAUACAUGGUGUCAGAAGUGGGAUCAACGCCGACGUCCAGUCUUGGUGAACCGAAGAUUAUACUACAAGACCAGCCCCAUGGACUUCCUGAAGCCACCAGGCCCGCUGAGCUCGGCUGGUGAAAUUGCCAAGAACUGGCAGGCAUUCAAGCAAAGGUUCGAAUUUUUCCUCGCCGCGUCAGAACAGCCAACCGGCAAGCCUCGAACGGAAUCAUGCAAGACAGCACUUCUGCUGAGCGUUGCAGGCGAGGAAGCCAUCGAGAUCUUCAACACGUUCAGCUUUGGUGAAGACGAGAGCAGGAAUGACUACGCCACUGUCAUUGCGAAGUUCGAUGCAUAUUGUGCGGCUCAGCAGAACGAAGUCCAUGAGCGCUACGUUUUCCGUACGCGAGUCCAGGCCCUUGGUGAGCUUUUCGAACCUUUCUUGCGAGACUUAAAGAACCAGGCACGAGCAUGUAACUUUGGCUCCCAAAUGGACGCAAUGAUUAGGGACCAAAUUGUUUAUGAAACUAACGACGAGAAACUUAGAGAAAGGUUGCUGCGGGACACUACGCUGAAUUUAGUGAAGGCUGAGCAGGCUGCUAAAGCAGCUGAAGCGACGGCAGCGCAACAAAAAGUUUGGGCACGAGACGAAAGCCACAUUGACGCGAUGCGUAAGGAACACCCAGGUAAACAAAGUGAGUUGCCCAGGCAUUACAAGUGUCCUAAGUGCGCACGUAUGCACCCGCCACGAAGGUGUCCUGCAUUCGGGAAAACAUGUCGCAAAUGUCAACGCCCCAACCAUUUCGCUAUCUGCUGCAGACGAUUUGCCGAUAUAGGCGAACUUCAGGGCGGUGAAGAUAACUUUGACAUUCUGGACGUGUCAAGCUGCGCACCAAAGCAACACGACUGGACAGUUGUCGGCCAAAUCAAGAACGUACCACUUGAAUUCAAGGUCGACACAGGAGCGCAAGCAAAUCUACUACCUUUCGGUUGCUACCGCAAAAUUCGCCCGAAACCGCCCCUGAAACCAAGCAGCGCGGUGUUGCGUUCGUAUGGCGGAGGGGUUAUCAAGCAUGAUGGCGUCAUUCGUGCAGAAUUAGCACUAGGUGACCGUUGCGCCGUCCUCGACUUCUUCGUGGUGUCCAAGGGGCAUCAGGCCAUCCUGGGCUUACAGGCUAGCGAAAAUCUUGGACUUGUGUCACGCAUACACGCAGUAUCUCGAAACAGUUCCGAGGAAUUCGCAAGAAACUUUCGCCACUUGUUCACAGGAACCGGGUGCGUUGAAAGGGUCUAUCGAAUGGUUCUACGUGACGACGCCACGCCAAUCGUCCAAGCAGCCCGACGAGUGCCGCUGGCCCUACAGGAACCCUUGCGAGAAGAACUGGGACGUAUGGAGCGCGCGGGCAUCAUAACCAAAGUCACCGAGCCCACAGACUGGAUCUACUCCAAUGGAAUCCGGACCAUCACCUGGCGAAGUACUUCAAGGAAGACGACUACGGACAACGUUGCCCGACGUCCGGCCCUGCCCAGGUCGCAGCGUACAGAAGCAUCGUCAGACCGACCGUUGCAGCCGACGACUACCACCACUCAACCCCCGAGACACGGUACGCAUCAGAGAAGGGGAGUGGGCCACCAAAGGUCAAGUCGUUCAAGCUGCGACAUAUCCCCGGUCGUAUAACAUAAUCACUGAGGAUGGCAAAUUCCUGCGGCGCAAUCGGCGACAUCUGCUGCCUACAAGAGAAGCUUUUCGACAAAGAGGCCUUUGUGACUCUGAGGAAGACCUCCGCCAAGGGGCUGCCGGAAGACCUUCACCAUGCAGCAGCAACACUGUCGCCGAGUCACCGGCCACAACUGGCCACAUUACCGCCUCAUCCAACGCUCCUGCAUGCUUGCAGCAGAACCAAGAACCUGCAUUCAGAAGGUCAACCCGAGAGCGAAGGCCCCCACAGAGGCUUACUUAUAAUCGAAGCUUUGUGCAAGUUCCCUAAAUCGCGUUCUCAAUAUUCAUUUCUACUAAUGUUCUUUCCUGUGUUUUUUUUUGCUCCUUUGAAAGAAAAGGGGAUGUAUCGUAUCUGGCGCAGCGCUGGCUUCGCAUCUAUGGCACGUGUGACGUGACAGAUAUCGGUAUCGCCCAUGACACAUUGUGGUGAGGGAACACACCCUCUCCCACUUAGUGUAUAUAUACACGGCUGUUGAAUAAACGGGGACGCUUUCCGCUCCCCUUGCUUGGA